AUGCAAAUAUUUGUAAAAACACUUACGGGUAAAACCAUAACCCUUGAGGUGGAACCUAGUGAUACUAUUGAAAAUGUAAAGGCUAAGAUUCAAGACAAGGAGGGAAUUCCCCCCGAUCAACAACGACUAAUUUUUGCUGGAAAACAAUUGGAGGACGGUCGUACACUUUCAGAUUAUAACAUACAAAAGGAAUCGACGCUUCACUUAGUGUUAAGGCUGAGAGGUGGAAUGCAAAUAUUUGUAAAAACACUUACGGGUAAAACCAUAACCCUUGAGGUGGAACCUAGUGAUACUAUUGAAAAUGUAAAGGCUAAGAUUCAAGACAAGGAGGGAAUUCCCCCCGAUCAACAACGACUAAUUUUUGCUGGAAAACAAUUGGAGGACGGUCGUACACUUUCAGAUUAUAACAUACAAAAGGAAUCGACGCUUCACUUAGUGUUAAGGCUGAGAGGUGGAAUGCAAAUAUUUGUAAAAACACUUACGGGUAAAACCAUAACCCUUGAGGUGGAACCUAGUGAUACUAUUGAAAAUGUAAAGGCUAAGAUUCAAGACAAGGAGGGAAUUCCCCCCGAUCAACAACGACUAAUUUUUGCUGGAAAACAAUUGGAGGACGGUCGUACACUUUCAGAUUAUAACAUACAAAAGGAAUCGACGCUUCACUUAGUGUUAAGGCUGAGAGGUGGAGUUAUUGACCCAUCUCUAGCACUGCUGGCACAAAAGUACAAUUGUAAUAAGAUGGUUUGCCGCAAAUGUUAUGCUAGACUCCCUCCCCGUGCAACAAAUUGCCGCAAGAAAAGGUGUGGUCACUGUAACGAUCUAAGGCCAAAGAAGAAGAUCAAGGGCAACUAA